AUGAACAAUAUUAAAAGAAAAAAAACCGUAAACACUCUAAUAGAACGCCACCCAAGCUAUCAACUCUGA